AUGAACCUGCUGCCUGCAGCACGGGGCAGCUACAGCCUCAGUGGGAGGAUCCGGACACGACGGGGCCGCGGCCACGCGAGGGACGGGCGGAUGCGGCAGCGCGACCUGGGUCUGUCCCGGGACAGCGGCCCCGGGCUGUCCGCGCUGGGGACAGCGGCAAGGGGAGGUGCUGGCGGCAACGCUAAGGGCCUGGCCUCCCUGCCGGAGAAACCCCCGGCUAUAGACUGGGCUUAUUACAAAACUGCUGUGGCGAAGGCUGGCAUGGUGGACGACUUUCAGAAGAAGUUCAGUGCCCUGAAGAUUCCUGAGCCAGUGGACACACAGACUGCCAAAGUUGAUGCCCAAGAAAAGGAAUCUGCAAAGACCAGUGCUGAAUACGUGCAGGCCUCCAAAGCUCGUAUUGCCCAGUACGAGCAGGAGCUUCAGAAGCUCAGAAGCAUGAUUCCCUUUGAACUGAUGACGUAUGAAGACUUGCACGAAGCCUUCCCUGAAACCAGACUGGACAAGGAGAAGCAUCCGUACUGGCCGCACAAACCGAUCGCUGAUCUGUAAAGGUGUCAGCUUACCUAAGGCAGUUUAUCCAAUGACUGCCAGAUUCUAGAAUCUUUUAAAUAAAGUAUUUUCCCUCCUGGCUGAUGAAUUAGAUCUUAGUUAUGGGGUUGCAAGGAUUUGAGAUA